AUGGGUGGUAAACGCGAUCUUCCCUCAAAGCCGGUGCCGCAAAGCUCAAAGGACAUCACACUCGACGAUGGAAAAGCCUACACAGCGGUUACGGAGGGUUUGGCAACUGUAUUGUUCCCUAAAAUUACGGUGAAGAAGGACAAAGCAGGCAAUGACGUUGAGGUCAAAGGGGAGGUGUUUUACAACCCGAUCCAGCAGUUCAAUCGGGAUUUAAGUGUUUUGACAAUUAAGGCAUUUGGGGACAUGUUUUUGGAGGAGAAAAAGGAAAAGAAAGAGCAGAAGCUGGCGAAUAAAGCAAAAGGAAAAGAGACAAAGGGUAAAGAAACGAAAGACAGAGGGUCCGCAAAGAAGGUGACGAAGAAUGAAGUGGAGACCAUGGCCGAAGCAGCAAAUCCGGGGGUGGUCAAAAUCGAAGAUCUAGAGGAAGUCGGGGACAUAAAAAUCGAAGAUCUAGAGGAAGUCGGGGACAUAAAAGCCGAAAUAUCAGAGGAAAAGACAAAUGACGAUACCGAAAAAACACCAGCGGUGCCUGCUACAGAGCUAAUGGACACUGAAGACGUUCCCCCGCAGUCAAUGGAUGCCCCAGAUCUGUCUUCACGGCCAAAGGAGACAAUUACAGCCCCAAUAUACACACCUAUGCCCCCUAAAUUCACUAUUCUUGAUGCAUUAUCAGCUACAGGGCUCCGCGCCCUCCGAUAUGCUCUUGAGAUCCCUGCGGCAACUGCAAUCACUGCCAAUGACCUCGAGCCCUCCGCUGUGGCCUCAAUCACAGCCAACAUACUCCACAAUUCCAAAAACCCAGCACCUCAUCCCGAUACCUUCGAACCCUCCGCAGCGAUGUCUAAGAUCUCUGUAUCCCUUUCGGAUGCAACCCAUCAUAUGUACUCCCGCCUCUAUAUUGCCUCUCCCCCGCCUCUUCCGGGUGCGCCAAACACUCCCGUCCCCCAAUAUCUUAAAUACGCAGUAGGCAAGUACGAAGUCAUCGACCUCGAUCCUUUCGGUACCGCAUCUCCUUUCAUCGACGCUGCAGUACAGGCAGUCAGUGAUGGUGGUCUCCUCGCAGUAACCUGCACCGACGCGGGCGUAUGGGCCUCCGCUGGAUACUCCGAGAAAUGCUUCUCUCUGUACGGUGGCACCCCAGUUAAGGGAGAAUGGUGCCAUGAAGCAGGGGUAAGGCUAAUUCUUAACUCCAUUGCGAUGGCGGCGGCAAGAUAUGGAUACUGGAUGGAGCCACUUCUAUCCUUAAGCAUUGAUUUCUAUGCGAGGGUAUUUGUGCGUAUCAGGAAGGGUCCAGAAAUGGUGAAACGUCUAGCAAGUAAUAGCAUGGUAGUAUACAACUGCGACUCUGGAUGCGGAUCAUGGGUCGUCCAAAGACUCGGUAGAUCCAAAGAAGAGAAGAAUAAGUCCGGAACCGGCACUUUCAUGAAAUUCGGCCUCGCCCGUGCUCCUACAACAGACUCCAAUUGUGCAGAAUGCGGCUUCCCUAUGCACCUUGGAGGCCCUAUGUACGCUGGCCCCCUUCACUCUGCUGCCUUUAUCAAACGUCUUCUCGUCUCACUACCAUCCACACCCUCUUCAAUCUAUGGUACCCUACCUCGUAUCACGGGAAUGCUCCAAACAGCUCUUCAGGAGUCCACGCCCGCUCUAGCAGCUUCUCCGUUUUUCUUUGCGACUACUCGCCUUGCAAAGACACUCCACUGCAUAGCACCACCUUUGGCUGCAUUCCGCGGGGCCCUUAAAGGGCUCGGAUAUGAGGUCUCGCGCAGCCACUGUAAGCCAACUAGCAUUAAGACGAAUGCGCCAUGGAAUGUGAUCUGGGAAGUAAUGAGGCGUUGGGUCGAGAAGAAGCCCGUCAAAAUUGAGGCGGUUGGUGAUAAGCACGCGGCGUAUAAGAUCCUGAGGCUUGGUCGAGCUGAGGGUGAUGAGGGAACCGAAGAAGAGAAGAAAUUGAAGGAAUUAAAAGUGGUUUUUGACGAGAAACUUGGAGCUGAUGAGGAUAAAGCGUCGAGGCUGGUCAGAUACCAGGUUAACCCAACCGCACAUUGGGGCCCUAUGGCCAAGGCCAAGAAAGAGGAUAUGUCAAAGAGAGUGAUGGAAGAUGGUGAGGGCGAAGAAGUAGAGGGGAAAAGGGUGAGGAGGAGUGAGGCAAACGCUUAG